AUAAUUAUUUAUAUUAUUUUAUAUAUAAUUAUAUAUAUCGUCUUAAUCCUUUCAUAUCGUCUUAAUUUACUAGAAUUUCGUUAGGCCGCAAGAACCGAACACAUCGCGUGUCUUGAUAGCUUAUCGUAAAUCAAAUUUGAAUAUUAGUGCCUCGAAUCGACAUUUUCGUGGAAAUCUACGCUCAUAUUUACCACCGAAUACGCAUAAGUUAUAUUGACCGUAUUGUGACAGUAUAUUGACAAAUUGACAGUCCAUCGAUUGAGUUUCAUGAAAUAGUAAUUUAACUCUCAGUCACAGAAACGACUCGAAGUCGCUAACAUUUCACGUAAUAUGUAUUGUUAAUUUAAUUUUUAUACCGUAUAGUGUGAUAAAUAAAUCUAGUCGGAUAGUAAUUUCUAUUACACGAGACUGUAAGAAUUGUAACAUUAAAGUUUCAUAUCGGCAAAAAUCGUAAUUUUAGAGGUCCGUCCGGAAUUGCAAAUGGAUUUAAUUUAACGAUUGAUUUAAUUUUCAUUUAAUUUAAUUUAAAUCGCAGACUCUUGGUAAUGUGUAUGUAAAAUUUUAGGACGUUAUUUAUUUGCGAAUUGUCAAUAUUAUUAACUAUUACGGCGUUGCAACAAUGUCGUUCGAAGACACGGUGGCGUCUUUGAAAGCAUGCAUUAUUUCCAGAAAAGGAGGAGUACCCUUAGAAGAAAUAAAUAGUGAAUAUGAAAAACUUGUUGGACGAUCAAUACCGUACAUGAAACUUGGAUUUACUUCUCUGUUCGACCUGCUGCGAAAUAUUCCGGACAUUUACACGAAACGCAAUGAAAAAGACGAGCAUUUCUUUCAAGUCGUGGAUUCGGCUACGGCACAUAUUCAACAUCUUGUUAAUAAACAAAGGAGUGCGGAGAGCGUUCGAUUUGCGCAAGAGGCCGGAAGAAAGAAAAGCGGAAAUAAAAAAAGAGAUGAAUUUUUAAGCUCGAGGUGGCGCAAUUCUAGCGAAGACCGAAAUUCUCAACGGCGAAGAAAGACAAGAGACGUGAACAAUGAAAUCAGAAGUCAAAACAGAAUGAGAAGCCUAGGACGCCGACGAAAUUAUGAGAAAGAGUUUGGUGAUUUCAAUUCUUUAUGGGAUUCAGAGCAGUCCGAGUUGCAAAGCUAUGAACAUGGCGAGAGUUUGAUAGAUUAUGAAAUCGAUGUUUACGAAUGCAGCUAUCCGGUUGUGAUCGCUGAAAAAAUCCUCGAUUUGAAUCGGAUUUUCGAACCUGUUGUUUACGGCCAACAAUUAAUUGGCGAUGACUUCUUCCUGCAAUUAACAAUUCGAAAUAUUCCAGAUGCCCAAAUAAUAAGAGAAGAUAAUCGAUCUCCGAUUCAUAGCGGUCUCUGUAUAUCUGGACAAACAAUUGCAGGAUGUAUUGAAAAAUUGAAGAAAGUGAAAUCCUUAACAAAUAGAAUAACUAUUCUUCUCGGAGCUGUUGAUAUUUACAUGAAACGCAGCAGGGAACAACUGAUAUCCGACAUGGAAUCGUUAUUGGAACUUUGUAUUGAUAGAUUCGGCUUCUCUAAGUCGACCAUCACCCUUUGUACGAUUCCGCCAUUAGCAAAUAUUUCAUUAAUGUGUCAUCCUAAUCAGUUCAACACUUUGCUUGGAUUUAACAGCUGGAUAAAAAGCAUAAGUUGCAGGUCAACUUUCAAGGAAAUGAAGAGCGCUUAUAGAUUGAUUGACUUUUUCACGGCAUUCACUGGCAAAAAUAUGAGCACGGACUACAAAUUAUUUCAAAUGGAAGCUCGAAUGGUUUCCGGAUGUUCGUCCGCCCACGUGCUUUGGAGCAAAACUGGUCGCAAAAAAGCGAUAAAUUUAUUGCGACUAAAUACAAUUCGAAUGUUGAAAUCGGAAGAUAAUCCAAAUCCUUACGAAACCGAAGAAUAAAUUAUAUCGUUAUAUAUAGAAUGUACUGAAAG